AUGGGGAGUCUGGAUCCUAAAGCAGGAGUUUCUGUACAAAUGCCAGAACUACUGGUGUUCCUGCUGCUUCUGCAUUACAGUCAAUGCAAAGUAGAUAUGAUGGAGUGCGCCAGAGAGGAGAUCGCUAUUCCACACAAGUGGUACCAACCGGGGGACUUCCUCAUUGGUGGGAUCAUGUCACAAUUCAGUUACCAAGUCCACGAACUAGACUUCAAGAAAUUAAUUCCUCGAGAGAUGUUUGAAUUCACAGAUAUGGCAACAAAGUUUUACCAGCACCCCUUGGCCUUGGCCUUUGCUGUAGAUGAGAUCAACAUGGAUCCCAGGAUCUUGCCUAAUGUCACUCUUGGCUUCCACAUCUAUGACACUUACAAUGAUGAUAAGAUGGCUUACCGCACCACUCUAGAUCUGCUCUAUAAAUUCCAUAGAUAUUUUCCAAAUUAUGGAUGCGACUCUAACAAAAACCUAAUGGCUGUUGUGGGAGGACUUGGAUCUGAUGUCUCCUUCCACGUGGCAGACAUUCUAGGCCUUUAUAAAAUUCCACAGCUCCACCAAUUUCUUCAGCAGAUUUCAUUUAACAACUCAGCAGGAGAAACUGUGUCUUUUAAUGAUAACAAGGAAAUAGGAGGUGGCUUCGAUGUCAUGAACUUAGUUAUAUUCCCAAACAAGUCUUAUGAUAAAGUGAGAAUUGGAAAGGUGGAUCCAGAUGCUUUUGAAGGAAAAGAAUUGAUCAUUGAUGUGGACAGAAUUGUGUGGCAAAGCUACAUCAACCAGGUGGUGCCCAUUUCAUUGUGCAAUGACUAUUGUCGUCCUGGUUCUCAGAAGCAAAAGAAGGAAGGGAAGAAAUUUUGCUGCUACAAUUGUGUUCCAUGCCCAGAAGGGAAGAUAUCCAACCAAAAAGAUAUGAAGGACUGUGUCAAAUGUCCAGAAGAUCAAUAUCCAAGCAAGGAUCAAGACCAAUGCAUUCACAAGACAAUAAGCUUUCUGUCUUAUGAAGAACCCCUGGGGAUCAUUUUCAUCUCUAUUAGCAGUUCUUUUUUUGUAAUCACUGUGAUGGUACUGAGAAUUUUCAUUAAGCACAGAGAUACCCCCAUAGUCAAAGCCAACAACCAGGAUAUUACCUAUGCACUAUUAAUCUCUCUCUUGUUUUGCUUUGUUUCUUCUUUGCUCUUUCUUGGACAACCUACAAAUGUGACCUGCAUCCUCAGACAAAUGGCUUUUGCCAUCAUCUUCUCAGUGGCUGUUUCUUGUGUUUUGGCCAAAACUAUCACUGUAGUUAUAGCUUUCAUGGCCACCAAACCAGGGUCUGGAAUGAGGAAAUGGGUGGGGAAAACACUGAGCAACUUCAUUGUUCUUUCCUGCUCCAUUAUCCAAAUCUGUAUUUGUACAGUGUGGCUAGGAACAACUCACCCUUUCCCAGAUUUGGACACAAAGUCAAUAACCACAGAGAUCAUAGCAGAAUGUAAUGAAGGGUCUAUUGUUAUGUUUUAUAUUGUUCUGGGCUACUUGGGACUUUUGUCCAUGAUAAGCUUGGCUGUGGCUUUCUUUGCACGGAAGUUACCAGGCAGUUUCAAUGAAGCCAAGUUCAUAACCUUCAGCAUGCUGAUCUUUUGCAGUGUUUGGUUGUGUUUUGUUCCAACCUAUCUGAGCACCAAGGGGAAAUACAUGGUAGCUGUGGAGAUCUUCUCUGUCUUGACCUCCAGUGCAGGGUUACUGGGUUGCAUUUUUUUGCCCAAGUGCUACGUUAUUCUUCUGAGGCCUGAGCUGAACAGAAGGGGAAACUUAAUGCAGAGAACAAAUUAA